AGAUAAAUAUAUAUAUAUUUAGAGAGGGGAUGUAGUAGGGGAAAGGUUCGCGGGCGAAGUAAAGUAUAAACCAAACAUGAACGUUGGAACACAUGCAUAGGAAAGCUGGAGAAUAGUGUUGGAGGCUCAGAAUAUUUAUUUCCAUAUACACGACACAGCUUUUGAUGAGAGAUCCAACGACGACGACAGGUUUAGACGACGGUUUGCCAAGAUCAGAAAACGUUAUAUACGAAGAGGUCGUGCCUCUUUUCGAAUGGAAUCCAGAUUCAACAAGUCAUUAUUGGCUUCUUCUUCAUGUUCCAGGAUUCAGAAGGGAGGAUUUGAGAGUGGAAGUUCGGGCAAAUGGUCUCAUAAGGAUUGGUGGAGAAAGGAAGGUACCCACACCCAUGGACAAACUAAUGCCUGAAAACAAGAAAAAACUCUCCUUGAAUGCCAAAGCACUAAACAUUUUGUUUUGUGCAUUAGGUCAAGAUGAGUUUGCAAGAGUAAGUUCUUGCAAAUCCGCUAAAGAGGCUUGGGAACUCCUAGAAGCUACUCACGAAGGUGAUAAGGACCCUAAGGCAUCAAAGAUAGCCCUCAGAACCUCCGAGUGUGAGAACUUCAAGAUGAAGAAAGAAGAACGGGUUCCUAUGGUAAAGAAGACCAUGACACUCAAGGUGGAUGACAAAUCGGAGAGCGAAGGAGAAAGUGAUGAGGAACUCGCAAUGUUCAAAAGAUACAAGAAGGUCAUCAAAUGGAACCAGAGCGAGUCCUCAAGGAAAUUCCCACCAAAGAAAGGUAAACACUACUACAAAAACAGGUUUUAGCAUCGGUUGUUUUAGACCUUUUGCAUCGCUACUUUACAGAUGUCAAUGCAAGCAAUGCAAUUGCUCCAGGCUAAUUGCAUCAGUUGUAAAAGAACCGAUGCAAAAAGUCUUUAGCAUCGGUUGUUUCCAAAAAACCGAUGCCAAAGCCUUAUUUUUUUUAAAAAAAAAUAAGGGAUUUAACAUCGG